UCAGUGGUGCCAGAAAUAGUGUCGUCAUACUGUAUAAGUAGUCGAGCCCGUCUGUUCGGCGUCAUUUCCAGACAAGAGAGAGAUUCGAGUGAGAUUGAACCGUCUUUAUCACAAAAGAAAGAAUCAUGCAGAUCUUUGUGAAAACCCUGACUGGCAAGACCAUCACCCUUGAGGUCGAGCCAUCCGACACCAUCGAGAAUGUCAAGGCCAAGAUCCAAGACAAGGAGGGCAUCCCCCCAGACCAGCAGCGUCUUAUCUUCGCUGGCAAGCAGCUGGAAGAUGGCCGCACCCUGUCUGACUACAACAUCCAGAAGGAGUCCACCCUCCACCUUGUGCUGCGUCUGCGUGGUGGCAUGCAGAUCUUCGUCAAAACCCUCACAGGCAAGACCAUCACCCUUGAAGUCGAGCCAUCCGACACUAUCGAGAACGUCAAGGCCAAGAUCCAAGACAAGGAGGGCAUCCCCCCAGACCAGCAGCGUCUCAUCUUUGCCGGCAAGCAGCUGGAAGAUGGCCGCACCUUGUCCGACUACAACAUCCAGAAGGAGAGCACUCUCCUUGUGCUCCGUCUGCGUGGAGGCAUGCAGAUAUUUGUGAAGACCCUCACAGGCAAGACCAUCACCCUAGAAGUGGAGCCGUCAGAUACCAUUGAAAAUGUGAAGGCCAAGAUCCAAGACAAGGAGGGCAUCCCACCAGACCAGCAGCGUCUCAUCUUUGCUGGCAAGCAGCUGGAAGAUGGCCGCACCCUGUCUGACUACAACAUCCAGAAGGAGAGCACUCUCCACUUGGUUCUCCGUCUGCGUGGAGGCAUGCAGAUCUUUGUGAAGACCCUCACAGGCAAGACCAUCACCCUUGAAGUCGAGCCAUCCGACACCAUCGAGAAUGUCAAGGCCAAGAUCCAAGACAAGGAGGGCAUCCCCCCAGACCAGCAGCGUCUUAUCUUCGCUGGCAAGCAGCUGGAAGAUGGCCGCACCCUGUCUGACUACAACAUCCAGAAGGAGUCCACCCUCCACCUUGUGCUGCGUCUGCGUGGUGGCAUGCAGAUUUUCGUCAAAACCCUCACAGGCAAGACCAUCACUCUUGAAGUUGAGCCGUCAGACACCAUCGAGAACGUGAAGGCCAAGAUCCAAGACAAGGAGGGCAUCCCCCCAGACCAGCAGCGUCUUAUCUUCGCUGGCAAGCAGCUGGAAGAUGGCCGCACCCUGUCUGACUACAACAUCCAGAAAGAGUCCACCCUCCACCUUGUGCUGCGUCUGCGUGGAGGCAUGCAGAUCUUUGUGAAGACCCUGACAGGGAAGACCAUCACCCUCGAGGUGGAGCCGUCAGACACCAUUGAGAACGUCAAGGCCAAGAUCCAAGACAAGGAGGGCAUCCCCCCAGACCAGCAGCGUCUCAUCUUUGCUGGCAAGCAGCUGGAAGAUGGUCGCACCCUGUCUGACUACAACAUCCAGAAAGAGUCCACCCUUCAUCUUGUCCUGCGUCUGCGUGGUGGCAUGCAGAUCUUCGUCAAAACCCUGACAGGCAAGACCAUCACCCUCGAGGUUGAGCCAUCAGACACCAUCGAGAACGUCAAGGCCAAGAUCCAAGACAAGGAGGGCAUCCCACCAGACCAACAGCGUCUCAUCUUCGCCGGCAAACAGUUGGAAGAUGGCCGCACCCUGUCCGACUACAACAUCCAGAAGGAGAGCACCCUCCACUUGGUGCUGCGUCUGCGUGGUGGAAACUAAGCACGUCCAAGCACUGGAGCUGUUCCUCAAAUGGCAAUUCAUAGAUGAGAAAAUUGUCAUGAACUGAAUGGACUUAUUCUUGACCACUGAACUCUCUAUCUGCUUUAGACAUUCAUUCCAUGUAGUGUCAUGAGAAGUUUAAACUGUACUGCUGUCCAUUUCUGUUACCAUUCAGUGACAGAAGUUGUUAAAUGUAAUCUCAUUAUUCUUCGUCAUUAAAAUUGCUAUGCU